AUGGCAGUCACAGACUGGUCGCUCCUGCCGCAAGCAGACGAAGAUGCGCUCCAUAACGUAUCUCGGCUCCUAGCCGUCGAGGCUCGACCGUAUCAGCAGGUCGCCAGUCGCCUGCUCAAAGAGAACUUUUUCGACCAUGUGCGACCAAAGCAGCUACCCUCACCACCUCCAGAUGCCUCGGCGGUCGAAGAGGCUGCGGCUAGUGUAUUCGAGCGCGAACAACAAGCACGCAAGAUCGAAACCUGGCGCGAGAACAUCAUGAACGAGCUGUCCAUGUUGGACUACGCCAUCUUGCGAUUCGAGUUCACGACAAACAGCAACCACACCGAGCGCGAACGAUAUGCGGUAGAGAAGGAUGGCAUCACAGCGAAACAGCAGCAUGUCAGAGACACCAUCGAAGAACUGCGUGUCAACCUGGUCGAUGCGAAAGAGACGCUAGCUGUGCGUAAGACGUACGACGAGUUGACAGAGAAGAUCACCAGCAGCAAGAUGCUGAAGCCACGGGACGAGCAAGCACUGGCGCACGCAAAGCUGGAUGAGGAGAUUGCAGAGCUUGAGCAUGAGGUGCAGUCGGCGAAGAACACAUGGGAGGAAAGGCGCAUACAGUUCGGUCGUAUCGAGGAGGAAGCGAGGGAAAUGUUGCGUAUGAUCAAGGACGAGAAAGAAGAGGCUGAACGCAAGGAGGGCAUGAUGAAGGAUGGUGACGAAGACGGGGAAGGCGAAGGCAGCACCUCUAGGGGAGAUGCUAGCCAUGUUGGCACUCCAAGACCAGAUGGUGGCAUGACACCAAUCCAUGUUGGCCAGAGUGGGGAGGGCUCGCAAUCGCUCAAGGUGCCACCUCAGGAUAGGCUCAAGGCUCUCUCCAGAGAUGCCAGCGUGGCGCCAUCACCAGCGAGGUCGCCUGGACACGAAGACACGCCUAUGGCAGACUCUGGUGUACCAUCAGGGGAAGCGCAAGCCGAAGAUUCAGACGGUAUCGACGAAGGAGAAGACUUGGAAGAGGGUGAAGAGGGUGAGGACGAAGGUGAAGCUUUGUCUGACAAGAUGGACGAAUCAUGA